CAGAAUCCUCUUUCCAACACACUUCUCCGUCUUAUCUGGCAGGAUGGUAUCGAAAAGGAGGUGGAUCAGUGGCGAAAAGAUCAGAGCCCACCAGGUACCAGGACUCGUAUUCAAGAUGGUGAAGUCUGGAAGUCCUUACGUGGAGCUGAUGGCAAGUUAUUUUUCGAUAACAGCCCUGAUCGCAGUGAUCAAGAUGAGCUGAGGAUCGGGAUUACCCUUGGUUUUGAUGGGUAUAGCUACGAACGAAGUGCUGCGUCUAGCUCCCACAGCUCCAGGGUCAUGUUGAGCUGCAUCGCGAACCUGCCAACACAUUUACGGUAUCGCCCACGGAAUCUAUUGUUAUUUGGCAUCACUCCUGGACCCAAAGAAUUCAACAGUGACCAGCUCCAACACUUUAUGAAGAAUUACAUUGACAACCUUCUCGCAUUGUAUGAUAAUGGUAUAUUCAUCAAGACACCUGAGCAUCCUGAUGGUUGAUGAAUUCGGGUGAUCUUGGUUGCCGUUUGUUGCGACCAUCC